UUUUCCCCCCAUUCACAUAUGGUCAACACCAUGGCCAGCAAACAUAAGCUCAUUUUUACUGGACUAUUGAUUUUCAUUUCAGUUCAGUGGACUUGGUGUGUUUCAGAAGAGGAGCUCCAUGCUAGCUACUGGAACAACAAAGCGAGGCAGGCUCUCCACGCUGCCAUGAACAUUCAGCCCAAUCUCCACCAAGCUAAGAACGUCAUCCUCUUCCUGGGGGACGGUAUGGGGGUACCAACAGUGACUGCUUCCCGGAUCCUCAAAGGUCAGCUUGCAGGACACUCGGGGGAGGAGACCAGUCUGGUCAUGGACACCUUCCCUUACCUGGCGCUGUCAAAGACAUACAAUGUGGAUCAGCAGAUGCCAGACAGCGCUGGCACAGCCACAGCAUACUUAUGUGGUGUGAAGGCGAACUACGGCACCCUGGGAGUCACUGCUGCCACCCCGAGGUCCAACUGUAGUGCAAGCUAUGGGAAUGAAGUGGAAUCUGUUCUGCACCGUGCCAAGAAGGCAGGAAAAUCUGUGGGAAUUGUCACAACAACUCGAGUGCAGCACGCCUCUCCUGGUGCAAGCUAUGCUCACUCUGCUGAUCGAAACUGGUAUUCUGACUCUGACCUCCCCUCCGAGGCUGUCCAAAAUGGAUGCCGUGAUAUUGCAUAUCAGCUGGUUCACAACACAGAGAUAAAUGUCAUUCUUGGUGGAGGUCGUCAGUACAUGUUCCCACAAGAAAUGCAAGACCCAGAGUAUCCAACUUACACAGGAGGUCGAUUGGAUGGACAAAAUCUUGUUCUGGAGUGGAUUAAGAACAAAAAGAAUGCAAAAUAUGUUUGGAACAAAGUUGAUUUUGAUGCUGUCAAUCCUGCAAAUACAGACUUCCUGAUGGGUCUAUUUGAGCCCAAAGACUGCCGCUAUGACCUGGACCGUGAUCCAUCCAUGGACCCGUCCCUGACUGAGAUGAUGGAGAAAGCAAUAAAGAUUCUCAGCAAGAACCCCAAGGGAUUUUUCCUCUUUGUGGAAGGUGGGAGAAUUGACCAUGGGCACCAUGGAACAACAGCCAAAAGAGCUCUGUACGAGGCUGUGGAGUUUGACCGGGCAAUCGGACGAGCGGCUGAGCUCACCAAUGACCUGGACACCCUGACAGUGGUCACUGCUGACCACUCCCAUGUCUUUGCCUUUGGAGGACAUUCAGCCAGAGGAAAUCCUGUUUUGGGGGUGUCUCGCUCAAUAGCUAAGGACAACAAGCGCUUCACCACUGCUGUGUAUGGAAAUGGACCAGGAUACCAGAUUGUCAAUGGAAUCCGCCCAGAUAUAAAUGAGUCAAUUUCAUCGGGUAAUGACUACCGUCAGCAGACUCCCGUCCCUCUGAGUUCAGAGACCCACGGCAUAGAGGAUGUGGCCAUCUUUGCCAAAGGUCCCAUGUCACACCUCUUCCACGGGGUCCAGGAGCAGAACUACAUUGCCCAUGUCAUGGCUUACGCUGCCUGUCUGGAGCCCUACGACAACUGCAAACUGUCCCCACCCAACCACGCUGGAAACAACCACCCAAGCAUGCUGCUCCUCCUGAUGGGCCUCCUUCUCCUCUCUCUCUGCUCUGUCUGAGUCUGAGGUCACAGCCUCUGGAGAAUUUGUGCUUAUCUUAGAAUAACUGUGAAAUCAGACAUUCUGGUUGAAAAAAAAUCUUUACAUUGUUCUGUGUGUGAAUUUAAAAGCUGUAGUUGCACAACUUUGACAUCACUACCAUUUAGAGUAGUUUCUCCUUGCUUAGAUAACCUUGUAAAAAAAAGUAUUACUGAUAUUAUUGCAUAGCGAUGUGACAUUUAACACUCCAUUAGUUUAUUUAUAUGAAAAUAUAAUUGUAAUUAUUUUUGCAAUAUUUUGAAUAGGAGUUAUUUCCUAAUGAUAUUAGAUAAAAUCGUCUUGUCAUGUUUCAAGAUGUUUCAAGUUACCCUGUAUAUUUUUAUCCACCUGUUAUAAAAAAGCUAAUUUCAUUGGCCCAUAGAAAGUUGUCCGUUUC